GCUCGGACAGGGUCUGUGCAAAGUAAAGAUCCCGCUUUUUCGCUGAAUUUAGAGCAGGAUCGUUGAGAUCAUGGAUCGUUGGUAACACUCUCAAUCGAGAAGAUCUAAAAGUGAGUGUCAAUGUCUAAAGAAAUUGUAUUGGCUCUGCUUGCUCUUCUCAUCGGUCUACCUGGAUCUACUGCGCUAUCUUGACAGGUGCAUUUUGCGGAUCUCCAAAACGAUGAUCUACCAGUUGUUUAGACAGACCACGGUGCGUUUCCUUCAGGAUCAAGAUGAUGCAAUAAGUAGCGAUCAGAUCAUCUACUUAUCAUCUAAAGAUCAGUUUUCUCCAAGACACCAGUUCCUGAAUUCCGAUAAUUCAGUGGAUCUGAUCAGUUUGCGAGAUCCCGAAACUCAUUUAGACGGCUCGCUUGUGGGGUCUUUCUUCGUCAGUCGAUCCUCUACUUGUCUACUACUUCAACAUUUUUGUUUUCGACGUGACUUUUUCUAAACCGUAACCUGUUCAAUCUCUGCCACUAAACCUAAAUUCCUCCAGGGAAAACGAAGAAAAAAGCCCACCUUAUUCUCAGGGGGUCUUUAGAGUCGACUUAAAGUUGCCUUUUCAAAAAUGGCUUCCACUGACCGAGUCCAGACCUUCGGCCGCAAGAAGAGCGCCGUCGCGGUCGCUCUCAUCAAGAGCGGAAAGGGACAGUUCCGUAUCAACGGCAUGCCCAUCGAUUCCCUCACCCCGGAGAUCAUGCGCGUGAAAGGUACAUCUUUUUGAGAUUUAGGCUUGAGCUUUUUAGUUGUUUUAGAUCAUUGAUCUGAAGCCUACAGAAGUACUUCCCCUGUUUUCCGUAGAGGUUUUCUUGCAAUUAGCGCUUUACGAAAUUUAGACAAAUCAUCAUAGCAUGAGAUGCCUCGUACAUCUAAGACGACUACAGCAAACAAACGCCUCCCACGCCGAUUCUGAGCACUCUCAAACUUCUCAGUACGUUUAGCCUCGUGAUCGUACGUAUUCACUUCAAAAUCUAUCUCCAAAUAAAACUUCAAAAACAGUGUACGAGCCCCUCCUCCUCCUCGGAAAGGGAAAGGAAGGCGAGCCAGGAAAGUGGGGAUCCCUCGACUUCAAGAUCCGCGUUAAGGGUGGAGGCUACGUCUCCCAGAUCUACGCUAUCCGCCAGGCUAUCUCUCGUGGGCUCAUCGCUUUCAACCAGAAGUAUACUAUCUGACUUUCUUUUAGAUGUGAUUGAUACUCUUGCUUGACGUCGAAUUCGCAUCUUAACUGAACAUAUGUUUACUACUUUCGUUCUUAGCUCUGGGAGACGAAACAGAAAGGAUGCUGGAAAAUAGAUCUAAAUAAGGGAGAAGAAAACCCUCAUUUUUGACUUUGCAGCAUGAUAGUACAUCUUCUUCCUACUGAAUUCGUACGAUACAAUAUGUCCACGGCCCACCUCACAUUUCCCAAAAUCCCUUAAACAGGUACGUUGACGAGGCCACCAAGAAGGAGAUCAAGGAUGCCUUGACCGCCUACGACAAGUCCCUCGUCGUCUCUGACCCGCGUCGUUGCGAGCCGAAGAAGUUCGGUGGUCGUGGUGCCCGUGCACGCUUCCAGAAGUCUUACCGUUAAGCGGUUCUGCUUCCAGAAGUAUCGCUUCAAGGGAAAUGCGUCGGUGGUGCUAAGCAUCAACCGUGGAUGUUGUGGAGUGUUUUUUGUGGCUUUAUCAUCAUUUCGACAUGCGGACAGGACGAGGAAGCUGUUUGGCGACGGGGAUGAGGAUUGUGUCGUUGGCUUCUAUAGUUGACGAGCUUGCGUGCUGAAUGAACAUUCUUGAACCUGAAAAGAACGUAUGAGAUAUGAUGUAGCCAGAAAAUAGAAGGCAAUCCGCAGUCGACAAACAAAAGAAAGCGCGGAGCGGACUCUGUGGAGUUGGGUAGCGUUGGGAUUUUGAAUUGCUCUACCAGUGUUCCUUCAACGUUUGAAAUUCGUUGUCUGUCAAUCAAUCUGUAAUCGGUCUACCCACUCUCCUUUCCCUUAUUUUUGAAAAGGGCAAUAUCGUGCUGCAUGCGUCGAAGCGAAAGACUUCGAUUUCGUAAAAGUCUCGUCCAUACGAGAAAUGUGAGCUUAAUCACCCGAUGCGCAAAUUCCCGAACCCGCCUAUUGAUGGGAGGUCCAUGUCUAAAUUAGUUAUGAAUGCCCCUUCUCUCCCCACUGUCCCCUUUUCGAAUACCCCGACCUUUCGUGAAUUAUAACGAGAUGCCUUUUUCUCCAAGUGACAUUCAUACAGUCUUCGAGUUGCCAAGGCUAGAUCCACUGCGUGGCUUGCUGGCGCGUACGCACACACCUCUAUAUUGGAAAUCUCGUUAUCGCGUGGCAAAACUUCCGCCUCCGUGUGUUAUGAAGAGGGGGCUUCAUGUGCAGAUGGCGGAUUGCUUCUAGAAAAAAUCUUGUGGCGGUGCCCGCAGCCGAGCCUUCGAAGAUGCAAAGAUUUGCUGGCCAUAACCUAAUGGGUGAAGUAGAAACGCUAGGUAAACGUCGUGGCCCAUGUCACGACAGUCUUGACUCAAUACACAACCACUCACUCUUCGCCAUCUGGCAUGCAGGCUCAUGCUCCACGUCGCGACUUUUCUGAACAGAUAUCCAUGGGGUAAUGUGCCUACUUACUACGUCUGUCGAGGAUUCGAAAACUAGGUGUUCAGUCACAACAUGUCUGCAUGGCGUCGAUUCAGUAAACACUCUGUUCUGACUGUUGAUUUGGAGGAUGGGGC